AUCUGUCAAACUCGAUCUGCGACUUCCAAAUCCUUCGGCCGUAGUUGAUUUUCAGGACAUCAAAUUUCGUCAUAAAAUCGCACAAAAUCCGGGUUAAAAAGCCUCCAAAUCUUGCUCCCUCCAGCACCGCAACAUGCUCUCGUUGCCCCUCGGUACCGCGCAGGCCUUCGCCCGGCGGAUAUUCCUGAACAAAUAUUACACCAGCGUUCGGCCUUACGUCAGCGGUCCGGUCGAGGGUGGCCGGGCCAGCGUUCCGGAUGGACCGACGGUGAACGUUCCGUCGAAGGAGGUGGUGACGGCGUUGCCGCCGCUGUCGCAGCCGGUUCCGGACUUGGGACCGGUGCAGUAUGCGAGGCCCGGGGACCAGAGCAACGUGACGCAGGUUACGCGCCUUUCGAACGGGUUGCGGGUGGCGUCGGAGAACCGGUUUGGGCAGUUUUGUACGGUGGGGGUGGUGAUUGAUUCCGGGCCGCGGUACGAGUUGGCCUAUCCGAGCGGGAUUUCGCACUUUUUGGAGAAGUUGGCGUUUCAGUCGACGGCCAGCUUUGGGGAGAAGGACGUGAUCUUUAAGGAGUUGGAGAAGCAUGGUGGGAUUUGCGAUUGUCAGAGCUCGCGGGACACGUUUGUGUAUGCGGCGAGUGCGGACAGUCGCGGGGUUGAGGCCGUUACGCGGAUAUUGGCGGAUGUGGUGCUGCGGCCGCGGUUGGCCAAUGAAGAGGUGGAGUUUGCCCGGCAGACGGUCAAGUUUGAGCUGGAGACGCUGGGGAUGAGACCCGAGCAGGAGCCGAUUUUGAUGGACAUGAUUCACGCAGCCGGGUUCCGGGACAACACGCUGGGAUUGCCGAAACUUUGUCCGUUGAAGACUGCGGAUCAAAUCGACCGGAACAUGCUGUUGACGUACUUGCGCCAUCAUCACACGCCGGAUCGGAUGGUUUUGGCAGGGGUUGGCGUUCCCCACGAUGAGCUGGUCCGUUUGGCGGAGCGUUUCUUCGUCGAGGGAUCGGCCACCUGGGAAUCGGAGAAGGUUCACGCUAAAAAUCCGACCGGAGUGGACACUUCGAUCGCGCAGUACACCGGAGGAUCCAAGCUGGAGGAAUGUGCCAUCCCGGUGUACGCCGCAGUCGGUCUUCCCGAGCUGGCCCACGUCGUGAUCGGUCUCAAAGGUUGCUCCCACCAGGACAAAGACUUCAUCGCGGCCUGCGUGCUGAACAUCAUGAUGGGCGGCGGCGGUUCCUUCUCCGCCGGAGGCCCGGGCAAGGGCAUGUACACUCGGCUCUACACGAACGUCCUCAACCGGUACCACUGGAUGUACAGCGCCACGGCGUACAACCACGCGUACGGCGAUUCCGGCCUGUUUUGCAUCCACGCCACGGCACCGCCCACCCACGUCAAGAGUCUCGUCGAAGUCAUCACGCGGGAACUGUACGCGAUGCAGGGCCGACCCGGCGACCAGGAACUUCGCCGCGCCAAAACCCAACUCCAGUCCAUGCUGCUGAUGAACCUGGAAGCGCGCCCCGUCGUCUUCGAGGACAUUGGACGCCAAGUGUUGGCCACCGGCGAGCGAAGACGACCCGAGCAUUUCAUCCAGGAGAUCGAGAAAAUCACCGCCGAGGACAUCCAGAACGUGGCGAAGCGAUUCCUGGCCUCGCCGCCGGCACUGGCCGCACGCGGAGAAAUCAAGGGCAUUCCCGACGUCAAGGACAUCCAGACGGCGCUGGCUGGCGGCGAGGGGCGACUGCCCGGUAACCGGCGGCUCUCGCUGUUCCGAUGAGCAGCAGCAGCGCAGUCAGACUGCGUAAAAUUAAUCAACCUGUGAGUAAGCGUUAGAUUUUAAUGUCGUCGAGAAAAUUUUGUUAGCUAUUAAAGAAGAGAGAGAAAUAAAUUGGAACUAUUGGAACGAA